AGUGGCAGAUGCAUGAUGGAUUCGAAAAUAUGUCUUCUCGCUUUUGCUCUCAUACUCGUUUCGAUCGGCCCAGUCUGUGCUCAGUCCAUAGCUUCACAGUACGUGGAUCCACACAACGAAGCGCGCAGAGAGGUCAACGUUCCGGACCUCCAGUGGGACGACGACCUGGCCCAAUUCGCUCAGGAUCAUGCCAACAGCCAGGCGAACACAGACGACUGUCGCCUCGUCCACUCCGAUAGUGGCUACGGUGAGAAUCUGUACUGGACAAGCGCGAACAGCAGCCCUCCUUCCGAUGCCGUGGCAGCAUGGGUCGAUGAGAAGAACGACUACUCCAUCUCGACAAAUUCAUGCAACGCAGGCAAAGUCUGUGGCCAUUACACUCAGGUCGUCUGGAGGUCGACGCAAAGAGUCGGUUGCGCCUCGGCCUCAUGUCCUGGAGGAGGUACGUUUGUCGGCUGCAACUACGAUCCUCCUGGCAACUACGUCGGAGAGAGGCCCUACUAACCACGUUGAUCUCGAAGGGACUAUGAUUUUCGACUGUGCACAAGGAGGCGUGAUGGCAUGCAUGCAUGACGAGACCAGUUCACUCUGAAGACGAAGGGCCAGUUAAGAAUUAAGAAUUUAUUAUUAUUAUAUAUUUGGGACCACCGAUAAGCCGAAUGGUAGGUCUGAUAAUAUACCAAUGAGAAAAUGUCCGACGCUUAUGUUCACAUUGAGAUCAUGUCAUUUUCUGGCCUGCUCGGUUACCUCUUUAUCAGAUGCUUGCACUUGAGCACUGCCACAUGGUUUGAUGAUCUUAGAUUACACAUUAACAGCACCGGGGCUAAAACAUCGCCAUCACUCUAUUCUCU